AUGUCGGAGCGACCCCAGAGCCCUACUUCGGAGUGCAACAGCCGGCCUGAUGACUUCAGCCGGGCCAUGUACGCCCAGGCCUUGAGUCAAGAGGGGUUUGGAGGCGCGUCGCUCCAGAUCCCACACGGCGUUCUACAACAUCAUAGUCUUCUCUUCAACAAGGCCGCAUAUAAUGGGAUGCCUCCAACAACCAAUCAAACCUUUUUGCCAUUCCCACCGGGCACUGGUGACUAUAGGGCCUCCGACUUGCACGCCGGUGACUUUUGCCAACCCAAACACUGGUGUCCUAUCGCCGCUCCGGAGUACACCGGCCAAGUAGCAGGGGUCGCAGCGGCUACCCACCCCACAAACCUGAGCCAACCUAACACCGAAACCAGGGAACAAGUCAAGAUGUCCGAAAUAAAGCUCGAGAAGGAUGUCAAUGACGAGUAUGGGCAAAAGAUUCAACAUUAUCCAACUCCACCUUCGUCUGCUGUAGCUCACGGGGUUUACUACUCGACCCCAUGGAACUCGUCGUUUUGGCCCGGAUUUCCCCACACCACGGCUGCGAAUACCAAUACUCAAAACCUCAACUCCAUACCCUCAACAUCGUCUUCAUCGUCCCCAUCUCUCUCGCCCUCACCCCCCAGUAAUGGGUUACCCGGGGUCACGUUCUUCAACGGGAACGCAAGCCAAACUGCCCAAGCGCCUCAGGCGCAAAUCUCUACCCGGAGCAGUGGUUCCUCCAGCGGCGGGUGCAGUGACUCGGAAGAGGAGGAGAACCUUUCAACUGAGGAGCUGGAACAGUUUGCCAAGGAGCUGAAGCACAAGCGUAUUACUCUGGGUUUCACACAAGCAGAUGUGGGCCUGGCCCUAGGCAACCUUUAUGGCAAGAUGUUCAGCCAGACUACAAUUUGCCGCUUUGAAGCGCUCCAGCUUAGUUUCAAGAACAUGUGCAAGCUGAAGCCCCUGCUCCGGAGAUGGCUGAAUGAGGCUGAGACCUCGGACAACCCCCAGGAUAUGUACAAGAUCGAGCGGGUAUUUGUGGACACCAGGAAGAGGAAGCGGAGGACCAGUCUGGAGGGGUCGGUGCGCACUGCUCUGGAGUCCUACUUUGUCAAGUGUCCCAAACCGAACACCCAGGAGAUCACACACAUUGCUGAUGACCUGUGUCUGGAGAGAGAUGUGGUGCGUGUGUGGUUCUGUAACCGCAGACAGAAGGGCAAGCGCCUGGCCCUUCCAUUCGAUGAGGAGUGUGAAGGACAGUACUAUGAGCAGAGCCCCCCUCCCCCGCACAUGGCUCACUCCCCCCUGCCUGGGCAGGGGUACUCUCUCUCCAGCCACCCUGGGGGCCCCACCUUCUACAUGCCCCCCCUCCAGAGGCCAGAUGUCUUUAAGCAGGCCCUGCACCCUGGACUGGUGGGUCACCUGACAAGCUAA